UGUGUCUUUAACGAAAAGAAAAAUACAGAUCUCCCGAAAUGCUGUGCAGUUUGCCUAGUUCUUUCUCUUUUCUUCGUUUGGGUUAAUUAAUGAUUUUCUGGACGGUAGUGACUGAAGAUGUCAACGGAUUAUAGACUUUAGUGAAAAACAUAAAACAACUUGUUUGUGUUGUAAUAAUGGGGAAAAAUUUCUGCUCCGGGAAGACAUGAAAAAGUUAGCAGUUUAUGAAAAUGCAAGUCUGGUAAUAGGAAAAGAUGGACUCAUAAAGGCUGUUGGUCCCGCAGACACCAUCCAUACUCAGUUUCUCAAUGCUACAUUUGAAACUGUGAUUGAUGCUUCAGGGCAUUGCGUUUUACCAGGUCUUGUGGAUCCGCAUACUCAUCCUGUUUGGGUUGGUGAAAGAGUCCAUGAAUUUGCAAUGAAGUUGGCAGGUGCUACAUAUAUGGAAAUACAUCAAACAGGAGGAGGGAUACAUUUCACUGUGGAACAUACUAGAAAUGCAUCAGAGGAGGAGCUGUAUGCUAGCUUCAAAAAUCGUUUGCAUCGUAUGCUUAAAGCUGGAACAACUCUGGUUGAGUGCAAAACUGGAUAUGGUUUAAACCUAGAAACUGAAGUAAAAAUGCUUAAAGUGAUUGAAAGAGCUCAUAGAGAACUUGAUAUUGGAAUUUCAUCAACCUAUUGUGGAGCACAUGCUGUACCCAAAGGGAAGACUGCUGAGGAAGCUGCAGAUGAAAUUAUUGCAUACCAUCUUCCUAAACUUAAAGAAAUGAUGUUGAAUGGUGAAGUACAUAUUGAUAAUAUAGAUGUGUUUUAUGAGAAGGGUGUAUUCGAGCAGAAGCCUACCAAAGAAAUUCUGAAGGCUGGAAAGAAUUGUGGUCUCCAGAUAAACUUUCAUGGGGAUGAGUUUUAUCCAAUGAAUUCAGCAGAGCUUGGAACUGAACUUGGAGCUCUUGCAAUUAGCCACCUUGAAGAAAUUACAGAUGAAGGCAUUGCUGCCAUGGCAGCAGCAAAAUGUUGUGGUGUACUGCUACCAACUACUGCAUAUAUACUAAGACUUAAGCAUCCUCGAGCCAGAGACAUGUUAGACGCUGGCAUGAUAAUUGCACUUGGAAGUGAUUUUAAUCCUAAUGCAUAUUGCUUUUCUAUGGCAAUUGUUAUGCACAUGGCCUGUGUAAAUAUGAAAAUGACAAUGAAUGAAGCCUUAGCAGCUGCGACCAUAAAUGCAGCAUUCUCUCUUGGAAAGUCUGAUAUGCAUGGCUCCCUGGAGGUUGGAAAGCAAGGAGAUCUCAUUAUUCUUAGUUCUCCCAGAUGGGAGCACCUGAUUUACCAGUACGGCUGUCAUCAUGAGUUAAUAAAAUACGUUAUCACCAAAGGAAAAGUUGUGUAUGAAAAUGAAGGAAUUACUGGCUACUGAUCUAAUACAAUGUAUGAUGUAUUCCAUGAGAUGUAGUGAAAAAUAGUUCUGCUUGUAAAUCAAGAGACUGAUUACAGAAACUAAAACUGAUGUGAAAAUGCAAAAUGUAAUCACGUGUAGUUUCAUUUUAGGACUUGUACGCAUUCAGUAAUGCAAUCACUGAAAUAAAUCAUUGUAAAAACCUUUAUUUACAUUUCCUAAUGUCUUUCAGUCAAAUAAAAUUAGCAUAAAUCAUA